UGCCCGGAACGGAGCCAUCCUGAGGUGGGAGAUGGAUAUAAGCCCAUCGUCCAGGAAUAAUGCUAUCAGUGACUUCGCGCCCGAGACAGUCUCGCAUACGGUAAACGUGGUGUGAGCGAAAACAUUGUGGAAGCAUCAUGCUGAAGACGGUCGCUUUCCUCUCCGCCGUGCUGGCGUGCAGCCACGCGGUGGUUCUCAGCGGUUAUAGCGGCGACCAUGGCCUGUCCUACAACGAUUACGGCGAUCUCGACGGAUACCUCGGUUCCGCCGGAUACAAAGUACUGCCGACAGUCGCAGUUCCGGUGCACUCGGUGUCCGCCGCGCCGUUGCACCUGGACGCGUCUCUGGAUCACCAACUGCACGGCUACAAACACAAUGUCGAACAGGAUCACGACUACUACUCGCACCCGAGAUACACCUUCAAUUACGGCGUACACGAUCCCCACACCGGCGACGUGAAGACCCAGCACGAGGUGCGGGACGGCGACGUCGUCCACGGUUCGUACAGCGUGAACGAGCCCGACGGGAGCGUGCGCAUCGUCGAGUACACGGCUGACGACCACAACGGGUUCAACGCCGUCGUGAAGAAAGUCGGACCGGCGAUACACCCGAAACCGGUGCCGAUCGUCAAGUACGUCUCGCCGGCGCACUUCAACAGCUACGACUACGAGAAGCAUUAUUAGCUCGGCCAUUGUGUAAAUAGCAUCGAAUCGGACGUUUCACUAAGAGGCAUUAGUCGAUAAUCUGUCUGCUAGUCAACGCGACAGCGAAAUACGUUUUCAAGUUUGAUCAGAUCUUCACAGAUGGAUUCAAUUGAUCAUUGGCCAUCGGCGACAGACAAAAAAAGAAUUCGACUCAUUUUUACGUACAAAGAGUUUCCAUGUAAAACAAUUGAGUUUUAGAAGGGUUUACGAUUAUAUCUUUAAUAUAAUGUGCGAUAAGCGUACAGUUUACAACUGAGAUUGUCGAGGAACAUUGAUUUAUUCUCUAGCACAGUGUUUGAAAUUUAUUUUUUUACACAUUGAAAUAAAAAUUUUUAUCUUAGUUCUCUAUUUUGUUGUCUUAUUUCGAGGUGUUUUAUGGUAUUUGAUAACUGCAGCGCAAAAAAAAGUCGAUUAAGUUCGCAAAUAACACAGGAACACAGCUUCAUCUAUUUAUUUUACCUUCUCUCUGACGAUUCGCGAAACCACAAAUAAAGGCGUCUUGCGCAUCCCUUUAAAAAAAAAGAGGAUCAUUGAUGGAAUCGCGAUGUGACCGCGCGCGCAUGUCUGAAGUAUCGAUUUAUAUCUGCAGGACAACUACGUAAUAACGUAAAUUUCAUUUGUUCUCGUGAUGCCCCUUGUGCAUUUAAUUUUAGGUUUUUCAUACGCUCUAAUAAAUAAAUAUAAUAUCGCGAAUGAUUUAGACAAAAUUGUGUAAACGUUUCAUCAUAUAGAAAACAGUCAUUAAAAUCAAUCCGAGAAUUUUUACAGUCUAUGUGCAAUAGCGUGAUGAUAUAUGAACUUUACAUUGCAGAGUUCGUUAGAUUGAAACUUGUUACGAAAACGAAGAGCUCGAAUAUCAAAUAAAUGUGAUACGAGUAAAAGGAACGAAUGUAUGUUUGGGAAUGAUGCAGGAUGCAGGUCAAAAUCAUCGACUAACGAAACGCAGCGUUUUUCAAAAGUAAGAUAGAUAGAAACUAAGUCUUUUGUAUCCGCAUAUGUAUUUUUAAAUAUAUGAAAAAUGUGAAACAACGCGAAAUAUAUUAACAAUGUACUUAUACGAAUCUGGUUUACGUCAAAAUAAAAGUACAAACACAAUCCAUUAGGUAGGUA